CUUAGAUUAUCAAGAUGAUUAUGAAGAAGUAACGUUCAAAAAAUAUCAUUUGUGUAUUAAUAUUUUUUUGCUCUUUUAUAUUUGAAACUGCGUAAAAAUAAAUAAUUUUAAUUUAAUUUAAUUAUCAAACAAGAUAGAGGUGCAAUUAACAACCUUUUCCAUUUUAAUGAGGAAUUAGUCUUUUUCUGUCAAAUUACAUACAAAAGUUAAGGUAAAGUUGUUUCCAUUUAUAUGAAAAAUUGCAAACAUCGGUACAAAAGGUAGCUGUAAAAAGUCAUCAAAAGUACUACUUUGUAAUACUAUAGAGCACCAAAGACAGCAUCGUUCUCAAUUCGCAAUUACGUAACCGACUCGAUACACACGUAAUCAUGACUAGCAGGUGAUGCAUAUACGUAUUUUAUGACGACACCUAGUGCAUUUAAAAAAAAAUGUUAAUAACUUAUGUUCUGUAAAAAUGUUACUGUGUGAUUGAUUUAUUGCACAGGUUAUUAUUUUUUUUAUUUACAAUGAAUUCUUUGACAAUUUUGUAAAAAGAAAACUCGAGAAAUCAUUACGGUGACUAUUUUAUAAGAAUUACUUUUCAUUCUGAAAUAUCGAUUAUAACACUGAUUUAUUACAAUAAUUUACACCAAUGAUUAACAGAAAAUUAAAUGAUGAAAAAGUUUGCAAGUUGAUUUUGUCAUUAGGAAGUUCUUUUGCGCAAUCUAUUUCCGCAUCGCCAUAUAAUUUACAAAAAUUCAUAUAAAUAUACUAAAUUGAUUAUUCAUAAUACGUAGGAAGUUAAAUAAUUUCCUCUGUAAGUCUAAUGAGGUUUUUCAAGGAUUAUCUUCACAACUGCCAUCAACUUAUACUUUUACGAUGAUAACAGUUUUUCACUGUUCUUCAUAGUAAAAAAUUUUUUUAACUCAUUCAAAAUUCAUGAAGUCGUCAUACAGGAAUAAAAAUGAUCUCUUAUGUAUUGUUAAAGCACAAUCAGAUUUGUGAUAGUAGGUUUCAGUUGUUCAAACAAUACUUAAGAAACUCAUUAUGACAAAAAAAUUGUCUCAUCAUUUUAGUAAUCAUAAACCGAAUUCACUGAUCAAUUGAAAUUCGAUAAGAUUAGAUCGAAAGUAUCUUUGAAAAAAGAAAAAUUGAAAUAAUAACACCAAGAUGUCAAAUCUUGAUGAGGAAAUCGUUGAAUGGUUGAUCGGAACUUCAACGGCCGUUAUGGACCAAGUAUCUCCAUUGCGCGAAACUCUUCGAAACGAAAGUCUAGACUCUGGUUUUGACCUCGAGUCGACUGCUGACAGAAGAAAAAAUCGCGUGUUAAGGAGGACAAGAUCUCUUAAUGCUCCUAGUCCCAUACAGCAGUUUGGACCAUGUGGACGUAUUUUGAAAAAUGCAACUAUGGUCAUACAGAUCCAGGACCCUGCUUCACAAAGACUUACAUGGCAUAGACCACCUUUGUCAGUUCUAGUGAUAAAAAAAGUACGAGACUCUGCGGUAUUGUCUCCAUUUGUACAGCUAAUUACAUGGCUAAUGAAGGAAAAACGAAUGGUAGUAUUUGUCGAGGCUUCAGUGUUAGAAGAUCCAGCCUUGACUCGAGACUCUAGGUUCGAGCAUAUCCGAGACAAAUUACAAACUUUUAGAGAUGGCACAGACGAUCUUCAGGAUCGCAUCGACUUUAUCAUUUGUUUGGGUGGAGAUGGAACACUUCUGUAUGCCAGUCUGCUAUUUCAAGAAUCUGUACCACCAAUUAUGGCAUUCCAUUUAGGCUCUUUAGGAUUUCUAACGCCUUUUGAAUUCGAAAAUUUUCAGUCACAAGUUACGAACGUUUUAGAAGGUAAUGCAGCUCUGACACUGCGAAGUCGUUUACGCUGCGUCAUGAGACGCAAAGCUCAAAAGGAUCAACCCAAAGAAUCAAAGAGUCUUUUAGUUUUAAACGAAGUUGUGGUGGAUCGAGGCCCAUCACCCUACCUGUCAAACAUUGACCUGUUCAUUGAUGGAAAACACGUAACUAGUGUCCAAGGUGACGGUUUGAUAGUCAGUACACCGACAGGAUCAACGGCAUAUGCAGUAGCCGCGGGUGCGAGCAUGAUACAUCCAUCGGUGCCUGCUAUUAUGAUUACGCCCAUUUGUCCACAUUCGCUGAGCUUCAGGCCUAUCGUUGUACCAGCGGGAGUCGAGCUCAAGAUUUCAGUAUCACCUGACAGUAGAAAUACUUCGUGGGUGUCAUUUGAUGGUCGAAAUCGAACAGAGCUAUUUCAUGGUGAUAGUUUGGAAGUAACGACAUCCGUAUAUCCUGUCCCAUCCAUAUGUUCAGCUGAUCAAAUAACUGACUGGUUUGAUUCUCUAGCCGAAUGUUUGCACUGGAAUGUCCGCAAAAAACAAAAGCAUCUCGACGAACUUAGUGAUCUUACGCAUUCCUCAAGUAACGAUACCCUUGAUUCUUUGGAUCGAGAGAGUUAGUGCAAAAUUUAAGAAUACUUUACGAGGAUAUGAAAAUUACAUCGAAAAAUACAAAAAAGAAUUAAGUUAGUAUGAAUCAAACGAGCGUACUUGAACUCGAAAUUGCAAGUACUUGAGCUCAAAUUAUAUCACUUUAUUUCAACCAUUGUAGAUCCAAAGAUCUUCUCUCAGUUGCGUGAUAUUUCCUGACGAAUUUUAUAAACAAAAUGGAAAAAUACGUUUACAAGAUGCCAUCGGAACUAAUUAUAAAUAUAAUAUUUUGAUAAUUUUUUUAAAAAUCGUUAGUGAACUAAUCUUCAACAGUUUGGUCACUGCAUCAUUUAUUAUGAAAGAAACAAGUAUAUUUAGAAACUUAUGGAAUAUAAGUAUGCCGCGAUAUUGAAGCAUUGCUUAUGUAUUAUAUACGGUAAAAAAAUCUUAAUUUUUUUUCAAAAUAGAAACUAUUUCCGAUAAAGAACGGCAUCCGGGAAUUUUCUUUUUCUAUAUAGUCAAAAAGAAUUGGGUUCAAUAUUUUUCAUCAAAAAGUUUGAUAAAUAUUUAAAAUGCAAAUAGAGAGACAAAAACCACGAAGAAGUUGUCUCUUAGUUACAAACUUGAUAAAGAAAUGAAAGAUGGCAGUAUUUUCACAAUAAAAUGGAAUAGCAGGGAACAAAUAACCAAUAGCAUUUUAUUCAUUGUUACAAUUGUAAAUGAGAAAAAAUUAAAAUAUAAAAAUGCUAUUUAAAAUUUAAAAUUAAAAAAAAUUGAAAAAUAGGAAGCAAUCAAUAUGAACGAGUUAAUAAGAUAAUAAAUCUAUUUAUUAUUAAGCGUGAAUAGAGACUGUAUGGUCUGUUUAAGCGAACUGAAAUAUAUCGAUAAAGUUAAACAAAUAAAAAUAUGUUAUAGCAUGUAGAUUUUAAUGUGUGAACAAAGAAGUUUAAAAGAAAUUUUAUAAAUCAGUAACUCUAUUAUGAUAAUGUUCAUGUUUAUAAAAAUCUCUGCAUAAUUUAAAAUAUCUUUGGACGUGAUCGUAAAAAUAAUUUCUGCUUUUUAUAUUCUUUUCUUUUUAUGUUCUUUCUAUUCUGCUAAUCUAAUAUGCACAUGAAGGUUUUUUUACGCCUGAAAAUAAUUUACGAGAGUUGUUAUGAGGGCAAAAUUUGUCUAAUUUAACAUUUUUGAAAUUAUUGUAAACAAUUGAAAAAUCGAUAUUGCUAAAAAAUAUACCCUUUAAAGGGUCAAAAUAAAUUUUAACAAUAGCGAUUUAAAAUUGUUCAAUUUGUUUAUUAUUAGAGGACAAUAUAUUGUACUUUGCAUUUGUGAAGUUGGUUACCGCAUGUAAAUGUCAAGCGACUGAAUAAAUGUUUGUUGUUGUGAGGUUUAGUGCAACAAAGUCUCGCUAGCCCAAACUUAUAUUAUAAAAAAUUCAUUUUUAUUAGAAGUGUCCUGAACUAUCUUUGAAUAUGCUAAUAAUAUGACUUUGUUCUGUUUCUAGCGUCAGAUUUAAUUUCACCAAUAUUUUUUUUGAUAGAUCACGAACUAUAAAUAUUUAUGGCUAUAUGAAAAGACAACGUCUCUUAUGGAUAAUAUUGUAAAAUAGUGGAUAAUAUUUAGUAUGUUCUUUUUAAUAAAAUCAAUUUUGUACAUAUCAUUAAA